UCAGGUUGGAGUGAGUCAUUCGCAGAUCUUCAAGAUGACAUGAAUCGUUGGCUUGUCGGGGGUGCCGGCGAGGUUCAGGCGGUGAUCAUCACCAAAUGGACAGAGAUUGGCAAUACCAAAGAAGUCACUGGCUCAAUUGAGCUGUAUACCUUGGCUAGAGAUGGUACUCCCCGUUUAUCCCAGAGGGAGGUAUGUACUAUGAUUUCUGGCGUACUUGUUCGGUUGGCUGAUUAUAACCAGGAAGUCUUCCCUAUUCCAGCAGGAACAGGGCCAGGAGCACAAAGGAUUCGUCUGACCCGACGGAUGCUCUUUGGCAAAGGACUGAGCCCUGGCCGCAAUCCGCGUGAUGUGUUUGGGCUGGAUGUCGACAAUCUUCGGGUGCAUGCCAGGGAAAGUUUGGCCCGUAUGAAUCUAAGACCGGCAACGUGAGCGGAGGAAGAUAUGGAUCUAGAUUGCCUUCUAAAUACGGUCUUGUCGGACUUUUCAGGUUCCAACAAAUGGUGGACAAUUGCCAAACGCUGUAACGCAUGGCGAGCCCAGGGGGACUCGGGGGGGCAGCGCGACGCCGAGCAUGAUGGGAAUGGGCCAGAGCCCU